UUACACUGUGAGCAGGUCGGCAGGGUCUUGCAUUAUAUCUGUUAAAAACACAUAUUCUUCUCCUGUACCCGCAGCGCCAGCGCUUGUAUUGCACCCGAGACCCUUCUGGCAGCGUACGGAACGCUGUCUGUGUAUUUUGCGGUCUAGAAAUGAGUCCUACUGACGCCAAACGCGGAACGAAGCGCAGGAAGAAUAAGCGGGGUGGCGGCGCAGGCGCAGGGAAGGCCGGAGCUCCGCCAACACCCUCCAGCAGCGCCGCACACGGAGACCCGAGCACCAUCCCCUGCCUCAAAGGAGAGGUUCCACUGAAUGGCGCACCACAGUUUUCAGAAGGGCCAGUGAACGCUGACUUCUCGGGAGUCCUUCAGAACCCGUUCACUUUCGGGGUGAACCAGAGAGCCCCCUACACCACAAGUGACCGUUGCCUGCUAUGUCGAAGUGAACGCAAGGACACCAACUCCCAGGAUGGGGGAGGAUCCGGGCAGAAUGGCACCUCCCAGUCACACAAAUCACCCAGUGCCCUGCAACUGCCUCUGUACGUCUGCUCCGACUGCAAGCGCACCGUGGAAAAGGACGACCGCCAACCCACCUUCGACCAGUCUAUGUUGAAUCAGGACUUCAUAUUGCACAUGCCAUUGGGUAAUGGCGGUUUGUCCCAAGAGCCUGUAGGGGCCGGAGGGAGACUGACUGUCGGAGCUCCUACAUUGCCCGCACCAGAUCUCAACACUCCCCUUACUGCAGACACAGUGUGUAACUGUGAGGCCUGCUAUGAGCGGAGGGAGAUCACAGCUGAGUCAGAGCGAGAGUCACAAAAGCUGCAGAAUCACUGGUCUGAAGUGCGAUACCUGGUCAGGUGCAUUUAUCGUCAGACAGGGACUCCGUUGGCUGACGAUCAGGAUCAGCCUCUUGACCGGGACAAAGAGAGCAUGAAGGAACUUGUUGACAGGCUCUGUGAGAAGGAUCCCUAUCAGUUAUAUCAGCGACUUGAGCAGCAGGCGAGGGAAUAUGUGUUAGAGAUGAAGGUGCGACUACUAAAGCACCUGUCCGUGGGCUCAAAGGUGACCGAUGCAACAGCCCAGGGGCCCCCACAGGCCCACCAGUUAAUCUCACUGCUGCUAGAGGAGUACAACGCACUCUGCCAGGCCGCCCGCACCAUCAGCAGCUUCCUGUUCACUCUGGAGAACGAGCAUUUACAGAAGUUCCAAGUUACAUGGGAGCUCCAUAAUAAGCACCUUUUUGAGAACCUGGUGUUCUCUGAACCUAUCCUGCUCAACAGUCUACCUGCUUUAGUGGCCCAGCUCAGGCAGGGCACAACAUCCCAUGACUCAUACAGUGAGGAUAUGUACCGUACGCUGCUGGGGAGAUACCAUCAGCUGGACCAGGAGAUGAGUGCAGUGGCUCUAGAAUGGCUGGAGUGCGAGAAGAGGAUUGAUGACUAUGUCGAUGAGCAGUUGCUUUUCAAGGUUGAAGGUCAGAAUCUCACAAAUCAAAGGACAGAACCACAUACAUCUUUAAUUAAUAGAAAUAUGUCUUUCAGAAAUAAGCAAUGGAUGCUUAAAGAAGAUGCAGAGAUCUUCAAACAGAAAAGGUUUUUUGAAGAGCAGUUCUUACCGAACAGUAAGAAGUCUCUUGGUGGCGAACGUAAAUUCACAGACACCGUGAAACAGAUGCUGUCCUCCAGAUUGAGCAUCCCAGACUGUCCCAACUGCAACUAUCGACGAAGAUGUACCUGUGAUGACUGCAGCCUGUCUCACAUCCUCACCUGUGGCAUCAUGGAUGCUCCUAUGGCAGAGGACCUGCAUCUGAAGCUGCCCCUGCAUGCAGAGCCUCCUCGGGACUACCUGUCAGAGGUACACCCCCCUAGCAUGUCAUCAGGCAGCUCGGGUUCAGGCUCUGCCCCAGGCUCCCCCAUCACCAUCCAGCAGCAUCCACACCUCAUCUUGCCACCGGAUGGCACCACCACAUUUGAUGAUGAAGUGCCUCCGUUGUCUGCCAUCUAUCCUCUUAGUGGGUACGAGGACCCUGCAGUGGUGGCCAGCAUUAAUGGCAUCCACAGCCAGCUUAGUGGAGGGGAAGAGAGCAUGACCCUUAAAGAUAAAUCUCCACGGGGGAGCAGCAGCAGUAGUAGUUCCUCUGAAGGUGAUGAGGAGGAAGGGGAGAGUGGUGGGGAGCAUCCAGGCCAGAAGGUAGCACUCUCAGGAGGGAAAAAUAACUGUCCUCCUCCAUCAUACCAUCACACACAGGUGGAGCAGGUACAGCAUCCUUGCGAGUGUCAUGUGUGUAAUCAGAGCUCUGGGGACUGUAGCCCCUCCAGCAUGAGCUCCACCUGUCUGCCUAACAGCAGACUGCAUGCAGGGGGGCACCAUUUCUUCUCAGAGAAGACGCCAGCCUACCCUGCCCUCCACCUCUACCCCCACAUCCACGGCCAUCUCCCCCUACAUAACCUUUCCCACCUGCCCAGACCACUGCUGCCCACUCUCUACUCCACCCCUCCACUCACACACAGCAAGACUCUCCCUUCCAGCCCCACGUCCAGUCACACAGGUGUAAAGCAGCAAGUUUUCAAUCCCAGCCUACCAGAACAUGUUUACCAGAGCUGUUUCAGCACGGCGGGGGACUGGAACGGCUCUUUGCCAUUCCCCUCGCUCAAGCUAGAGAGCCUCUGGGACACGCACAUGAUGAAAAACUGGAACCCUUCAGUGCUGCUUCAGGAGCCACUAGCUGGUGACAUGCUGGGCCCUCCCCUUCCCGACAUGCCCCUUCUCUCCUCCAGUUUGGAACCCGCUGCCACACCCCACCCUCCCCCAGAUGGCAAAGAGAAGAAAAAUGGCACUAAAAAAAAGUGUCUCUUCAACUACCAAGAUGCCUUCAUGGAGGCCAGUGAAGUGGUGAUGGCCACUUCCUCUGCCACUACCUCUGUCUCCAGUAACCCCUCCACUGUCCAAUCGAAUGAAGUUUUCCAUAAUUUAGGUAAAGAGGACCAUAGACAUCUUUCUCCUGUUGCGCCUAGGAAUAGCCCCAUCAGUCUUGCAUCUCUCCCGCCUCUCUGCGGUACCUCACACCCGUCUGUCCCCAGCACACACCUGCCCAGUAUAGGCACCCAGCCCUUCCCAAAGACUGUAACUCAGACCCCAGGCUUCAUGGACGUCCAUCAAGGUCUGUGCUUGUCAUCUGGUGAGCAGCCAUCAGCCCACGUCGAAGGUCUUGUCAGUGGUCCAAAUAGUGUUUGCAGUGAUCCAGACUGUGAGGGUCAUCGCUGUGAAGGGAAUGGAGGCUAUGAGCACCAGCCGUAUGAAGGGGAGGAAAGCCCGGACGAGGACAGCAGCUCGGAGCACAGCUCCUCCACAUCCACCUCCACCAAUCAGAAGGAAGGAAAGUACUGUGACUGCUGCUACUGUGAAUUCUUUGGUCACGGAGGGCCCCCUGCUGCACCCACCAGUAGAAACUAUGCAGAGAUGCGGGAGAAGUUGCGACUCCGACUGACUAAGCGGAAGGAGGAACAGCCUAAGAAGGAAGAAUUGCUGCUGGAGCGGGAUGGGGUGGAGGACCAUCGCAAGGUGGAAGACCUACUACAGUUCAUCAACAGUGCAGACAACAAACCAAGUAGCAGCUCCAAAGCAGCCAAACGUGCCCGCCAUAAACAGAAGAAGCUUGAGGAGAAAGCCCGUCUAGAGGCGGAGGCUCGGGAACUGGAGUUACAGCAGCAGCUUCUGAAGGAACAGAGAAGGCGGCAGCAGGAGGAGGAGGUGGCACUCAAGCAAGAGCUGCUCUGUCUGCAGGAAAUGCAGCAGUUUCAUGCAUCCAAAAAGAAAAAGGACAACAAAGCCAAAGAGGCAAUCAAGUCUGAAAAUCCUCCUCUUGUUCCAACAACCAACAACCCUCAGCCUCUUCGGCAGACAGCACAGAGUGUUUUGGAAAAGAACAUGCAGAACGGCAAGACCAGACUCCUGCAUAAUCUCAUCUGCCUCGGUCCUAAAGAGCCUUGUCUAGAGCUUGAACACACCACCAGUGGGAAGAAUGUCGCAUCCCAGCAGCCAAGCCCAAAGACCUGCAAAGAGAGCCCUUCUGAGCCUCCUGCCCUCCAGAAUGGUACCUCCUCCCACCCAGAGUCAACCCACAACAAGGCGAAACUCAAACAGCAAGCCAAUGGUUCCAAAACCAAUGGUGAGGCCACCAAGAGGCCGGCUGAGACCUUUAAAGCCACAGAGCAUCCAAAAGCUGGGAAUGGGCCCAGCUCACAAACUGAUGCCAAAGCCAAGCAAAGAACAUUGGAAGAGUCAGCAAAUGAGCUCAAAAAGGAGGAGAGGACUAAUGGAAAAAGACAGCAAAAUGAUGGGAAAGAUGAGAGGAACUCUCCUGUUAUUGAGUCUCCAGAUGUAGACCAUCCUCAGCAAAACGGCAAAGGCCUUAACAAUGAGUCCCCUCAGCCUAAAAGCAAGGUCAAGAAGAAUAAAAAGAAAAAAGGAGAUAAGAUGAAUAACUCAAUAGAUGAUGUAUUUCUGCCCAAAGACAUAGAUCUAGACAGUGUAGACAUGGAUGAGACAGAGCGUGAGGUGGAAUAUUUCAAAAGGUUCUGCUUGGACUCAGCACGACAGACAAGACAGAGGUUGUCCAUCAACUGGUCCAAUUUUAGCUUGAAGAAGGCCACAUUUGCUGCCCAUUAAUGGGUCUUCCUUUCAUGAGACAAUGGCAGGAAUCCAAAAGCGUUCCUCCCGAUUCUUCUCUCACCCAUGUUCAUACAGACUGACUGCUGACCCCAGUGCUGCUAUGCUUCAACCGCUCUUCUGGUCUACAUUAUCCAUGCUGUCUUGCCUUGUCCUUGUUGCUGUGGGUUCCUCAAAGAACCCAAAAUUGGCUUAUAUUCCUGCAGUACUUCUGGAGAAGAAGAAAAAGAAAGCAAAAGAGAGCAAAGUCAAAAGAAAACCACAAAAUGCUAUUUUUUCCCCUUGAGUAUUUUUUGUUUGUUUAUUUUCCCUAUUUCUGUUCAAGCAUGUAUGCUUUUUGUCAGUGAGUGGAGCAUUUCUCUGAGGUCUAUGCCAUGUUCUGUGUUUUCUCUGGUCUUCACAGGUGUCAAGAUUCUUUAUGUACUUUAGGACGAAAGCACUGCCUAAAAGACAUGCUUAUAGAAAAAAGAUGAAUUAAAAAAAAAUAUCCUUUUCAAAUCAGCUGUGGCUUUGCUCACCUUUGCACCUAGCACUGCACCUCCUCACAACUCCUUGUCAAGAGAAUCGGACUGGUCAGCUUCACUUCAUUGCUCACUCUCUCUCCCUUUAUCGGGAGAAAGGCUAAUACUUGACAAUGUUCACAUCAGUUUUUAAGUUCCAUUUAAAAAUUGUUCAUUAUUUUCUCUCUUUUUUUUCCCCCCAAGCUUGUAUCAGAAUACUUUCAAAAAUCAAAUUGAAAAGAACAAUACUCACACUAUCAAUCUGUUAUAGAGUGUAUAUUGUAUUAACACUGAAGCCAGACUGGCUACAUUUUAACAUAUUGUUAAGUAAUAUUAAAAUCUUGCCUUUCUUUUUGAAAGAUGGAAUACAGUAGAGUGGCAGGAUCUUUCUGUGUCAAUGUCUUUUUUCCCCAUUUGGGGUCAAAUCCUGUUGUCUCCUAGUUUUAGACU